UCCAAGCGGGCAGAACACGACAGACACUCGGACAGCAGACGGUCCAAGCGAGCCAAGAGCGCCGUCGAGACUGCCGAAAUUGGCGAUUAUGCUAAGGGCACCCUUACACAAAUGAUCAAUCUCCAACAUGGCAUAAGCGAGGACGUAAGGGGGGGGGAUCAAUGGACAAGCCAGCAAUCUCGCGCCAUCACGGAAAGUCACUUGCGUUCUCCGUCCCCGUGCCAAGCAGGUCUCAUUGCUUGGGGCCGACGUUGGCAAGCAUGCUCAUGUGGUGUUUUGUCAUUCCAGGAGCGUGUCCGAGCAGUACGCGUCUCUGUCGAAGGCGUGGAACUGGUCGAGCAAGGAUCACACGCUGCACGUGCUGCCAUUGCACCACAUCCACGGCGUCCAGAACAUCCUCAACACGGCGCUAUACAAUGGUGCUACUGUCGAGGUGUGUGCUUUCGACGCCGCCUUCUGUUUGAAGCGACUGUGUUCGGGCGACAUUACUUGCUUCCAUGCGGUUCCGACCAUAUAUGUCAAGUUCACGCAGCAUUAUGAGAAACAGGACGAAGCAGCUCGAGCAGAGAUCUCGAAGGGGCUGCGAAACGACAACAUGCGCUACAUGGUCUCUGGCUCUGCAGCGCUUCCAAUUCCGACGAUGCAGUCCUGGGCAGAACUAUCGGGGCACGUUCUGCUGGAGAGGUACGGCAUGACAGAGAUCGGCAUGGCGCUCAGCAACAAGAUCGAUGGUACCAGAUACCCCGGCUGCGUUGGCUGGCCGCUGCCCCGGGUGCGCGUGAAGCUGCAGGACAACGCCAUCCUCGUGAAGGGCGCGCUCGUCUUCAAGGAGUACUACAAGAACCCGGAGGCGACCAAGAAAGAGUUCACGGAGGACGGCUGGUUCAUGACCGGCGACAGUGCCCAGUGCGGUGGCCCCGACGAGGACUUUGGACGACCUGCAGCAGAUGCAGAAGGACGCGCGGGCCGUGGAGGCCGCCACCGGCCGCCCCCGGGCCGAGACGGGCGAGGCCGCGCCCGAGGCGCUGAAGUCGAUCUACAAGAUCAUGGGCCGCUCGUCGGUGGACAUCAUCAAGAGCGGGGGCUACAAGAUCUCCGCGCUGGAGAAAUCGAGAGCGUCCUGCUGCAGCACGAGAGGAUCCGGGAGUGCGCGGUCCUGGGGCAGCCGGACGAGACGUGGGGCGAGAAGGUCACCGCCGUGUGCGUCCUGGAGGGCGGGGACCUCACCCUGAAGGAGCUGCGCGAGUGGGGCAAGGAGCGCCUCGCGACCUACAAGGUGCCCCAGGAGCUCGAGGUUGUCGCAGAGCUGCCUCGGAACCAGAUGGGCAAGCUGGAGAAGAAGAAGCUGCUGGAGCGGUACAAGAAGUGAGCCCCACCUUGCUUGAUUGCACAAUUGGGCUCGUGCUGGCCUGAACUGACUGGCGCGACAAUCGUGUGUUGAACUGCACGGUUGUGGUCGUGCUCGCGUUGGCUCAGCGCUUAGCCUGCACUGGCACGUCGACAGGAUAAUUUUUUGAAAUCAUAUGAGAGAUACCAUAGGUGUUGUCUUGUGCGCCUGAUGUUUCCGCACACCUGUCAACUGCUGAGCAUUCCGUCUGAGCGCGCGUUCGCGAACACACAAAACAAUGAACACAGC